GGGUUUUUUUUUUUUUUUGUAUUUUUAGUACAUGUUAGCCAGGAUGGUCUCAAACACCUGACCUCAAGUGAUCCGCCCACCUCAGCCUCCCAAAGUGCUGGGAUUACAGGUGUGAGCCACCUCACCCACCCAUGAGGUCCUAUUUUUUAAAAGAAGUAAAAGUGUAAGGCAGUGUACCCAUCAUAUAGGAAGUAUUCAAUACAUGUUGGCUUUUAUUAUUAGAUAGCUUUAUUAUUAUUGAUUAUAUAACCCACAUACCCCUAGUCAGAGGCUUUGCUGUCAGCCCAGGGAGGUUGGUGAGAUGGGUCCCCAAACUCAGACGUCUCAAAAGCAGAAAUCCCCAGCCUCACCUAGGCCUCAGGCCAGACAUCCGACCUGGUGAAUGAACAGCAGUUGGGGAAUGGUCAGAGGAGCUCACUGCUGGUUCCAGCAAGCUUUGCAGGUAGGAGACACCUAUGAAAAGAAGGCCAGAAGGUAUGCUAGUGCUGCGAUUGAAAGCUUAGGCUCUGGAGUGAGGUCUAGGUUUGAAUCUUAACCUGCCAGCUGUGUGCCUUUAGACAAAUGACUGUGCCUCUGAGCCUCAUUUGGCUAAUGUGUAAACACAGGCAAAAACAGAACCUACCUCACAGGGUCAUUAUGAGGAGUAAGUGAGGUAAUCCAUGCAAAAUGCUUAGCACAACAUCUGGAACAUCACUUUAGCACUUGAAAAUGCUACCUGCUUUUACCAUCAGGCAUCCCAGAUUACUCCCUGGGACUGCUCUGCUUCCCCACGCCAUUGGUGAAGGAGGCGGUGCAGGACGCUGGAUGCGGAAACAGCUGCCAUCUUGUGUGAGGAGUGCGCGUGUGUGUCACAGUUUUCCACUUCCUCCUGGACCCAUUUCCUUUGUGAGCUCAACAGGGAGGAAUCCGCAGACAAAGGAACAAUUCUGGGAGAGCCCAGUCCCACAGCCAAAAGCUGUUUCCUCAGAAGCGAGUGGCCUUCCCCUACCCUCUCCUGUGUGGUCUGGAAAUGCCUUGGGGAGAAGAAGCUGUGGCUUCCCUGGAGGCCCAGAGCUGAGAAACAAAAUGCCCCAAGUGACGGCCCUCCUGGUGGAGGACGGGAACCUGGGCAGAGCUGAUGCGAGUAAGGCCAUUGAGGAUGUGGGGCUUCCCUGAGCCUGUCACCCUAGCCUGACUCCUGGGAAGAGUGGCACCCAGAAACUCCCCAUGACCACCCUGUCUUCCUGAAAUAACAGUGCGUCAAAGAAUGGUGCUCUACCAUCUCUAACAAUAAUCCCUACGAUUUACCAGCCUUUUCCCAGCCAUUCUUCAUUUCCCCCUCACACAAACCUGUGCAUGGGCUUUCUAAGCCCCUUCUUACAGAAGAGGAAAAUGAUUCUGAGGGGGUUAAAUAACUCACCCAAAAUUACAUACUGGCAAAUGGGAGGAGUUAGAGCCCAAACCAAGUCCUCCAAGUCCCAAAUUCUUCCCACUAUUUUUUGCCUUCUCCCUUUUUAUGAAUGCUUUUGUGUUUCUAUCCUGUGGAGUCAAGUUUGUACUAUUCUCUUAAGCAUAAAAGGAUAUUCAGUUUCCUGCAAUCGCUGUAAUUAACACACACAAAAGUCUUCCAAGGUGACCUCACUACCCGUGCCGUCCCUCACAUAGGGGCUAUAUUUAACUCUUGGAAAGUACUAAGACGGAGGCAUUGGCUUUGCAGCUGGGUUUUUUUUUUCUGCCCCUUUGUCAUUCUUUUCCAGCCCGCAUGUACAGUGGGCUUCCCUAUCCAAGCUGGGACAACAGGAAGUGUUUGUCUUAGUGAUAAACAAUGCGAGUCCAACCAGUGCCGUCUCUUCUACAUUCUGCCCACUGUUUGGCCUUCACUUGGACUCAGAGAAGUGCUUGUAAAUUCAGAGGAAGGAAGGGAGAUGUCCUGAUAGCCCCAGCUGGGUAGAUUUGCAACAACUUGGAAGAGUCUGUGGGCAGGGGAAGGAAAGAUUUCUCAACCCGGGAAGUGAAGGGCAGUUCUGCCAGCCUCACCUGAGGAGCUGGUGACCUCUGCAGAGUAAACCCAGAGCUGGACACAGACAGAAGAAGCAUCCUGAAGGGAAACUGGGUGAGGCAUAACAACUAGAUCCUGCAGUAUUCUCAUUCUAGCAUCCUCAGUUUCCACAUGUGUAAGUGGGGUAAUCCACCUUAUUGUAAGACUUAAUUUAUGGGCCGGGAGCGGUGGCUCAUGCCUGUAAUCUCAGCACUUUGGGAGGCCGAGGCGGGCAGAUGAUGAGGUCAGGAGAUCAAGACCAUCCUGGCUAACGUGGUGAAACCCCUUCUCUACUAAAAAUACAAAAAAUUAGCCAGGCGUGGUGGCGCGCGCCUGUAGUCUCAGCUGCUCAGGAGGCUGAGGCAGGAGAAUUGCUUGAACCCGGGAGGCGGAGGUUGCAGUGAGCUGAAAUCGUGCCACUGCACUCCAGCCUGGCAACAGAGCGUGACUCUGUCUCAAGAAAAAAAAAAAAGAAAAGAAAAGGCUGCUCUUCCUUUCCUUCACCCUACCCAAGCACUGAGCUCACAUCUGAUCAGCAUGCUGCUUUUCUUUCCAGGGUGACUUGCCUCCCCACUGGUACAGUGGGUCAUACCCCACUGAUAUGCUCGUUUGUUAAAACACAGUAUGCAGAAAGUUAACUCUAAAAUCAUCAUCAGAAAUGUUCAAAGUAAUGCACUGGUUCUUUCUCCAGAAUAGGAGCCUUUAUGAGAUGGAAAUUGGGUCAUUUUCCUUUGCAUAAGAAAGGAAAUUUGAGUAAAUCAAAAGAAAAAUUGUAGGCCAUUCAUAAAACCACAGUCUCACAGUGGUCUUUUUCCAUUUUUAAAUGGUGCUAGUUGCAUUUAUUCUGACUUUGAAAACAAAGAAGGAUAAGUUAUCUUUGUGAUCUCUGUAAAGAGGCUGGUCAAAUAGUGAGGUGGGGAAAAGAGAAGUUGUGUAUUUUCCUACGGCUUUGCAUUUAAUGAAUUUGUAAUUUGCAAGCAGUUUCCAAGCAUUUUUGUACGUUCCAUUUUUGUACAUUUUGUACGUCUGAAAGGUACACAGGAAUGAGAUCAUGAGUCCAAGUGCCCAGCACUGGGCCUAGUUUGAUAGGAGCCAGUACAGGGUUUAUUAUUCUUGUGACUUGCUGAAAUUUAAUUACUCACUUGUCUUUUGUUAUGAACUCAUUAUCUUUGUGAUCUCUAAAUAAAUCUGACCUUCUGAGCGCUAGUGUCCUUUCUGGCUGCAAUAAAUACCUCUUGCUUUUCACUCAGGCUGCAUCAGGGGUGUGAACCGGGUAGCAAGUGGUAGUACUUUUUAUUGGUAGCUUAAUUUCUGCUAUCUAACAUCUUAUUUUGAUUUCAGUCAUAUGGGGAGGAGUGAGGAGAAGAUAGAAAAGUGAUCUUACUCUUAGUUGGGCACUCACCAGGAACAAUAAGCACUUAACAGCCUAAUCUUAGAUAUAUUUUAAAUAGGUUUCUAAAUUUAUUUGAAAAACUUUUUUGCAACCCAGAGAAUAAUUAUCCCUCAUCUUGGGUUUCUGAACCUCUGUCUCACUUAAAAGAUUGAAAACUUAUAAACAAUGAUUAGUCCAUUUCUUCCUGUUGUAUCUUUUUCUCAUCAUUGGAAUUCACUGUACCUCCCUAAGACUCAACUAAACCAAGCAAGAUAGACAGAAUUUAUUUGUGAUUCUAAAUAAACUGGAGACAUAUAGACAGUUCUGUCCUGAUGCCCGAGUCUGCCAAGAGCAAAGACAGGAGAUGGGGGCAGCUUAGGAAUUGAAAACAAAAUUUUUCCUGACUGGGGAUAGCAAGCACCCAGGAUUCCUGGGUUGUGUUACUGCCCCUCUGUCUAGAAGAUAUUGUCUCCUCACCUUGCAUGGAGGGGGUCCUUGGAAUGUGUGCACUCUGAGGGAAGGGGCUUCGCCAGCUCCUUUUGCCACAGCCAUCCCAAGCUCAGUGUCAGAGCCAGAGCCAUGAAUAGUUCACAGGAUGAGGCUUGCAGAGCCCCACCAUGCCCUCUUGUCCCUAUACCAUCCUCCUUUGUGCCUACCACUGCACCUGAAACUCCAUGGGGCGAUCACAGAUGAGUGAAGAGAGCAGCCAUCGAGUGCCUGAGCACCAUACACAUCAGUUCAUUUCAUCUUCACCAUGACCUUGUGAAGCAGCUACUGUGAUCACCCCCACUGUUUGCAGAUGAAGCAUCAGAAGCUUAGGAAAGUUUAGAAAUUUCUCCCAGAGGCCCACAGCUAGAAAAUGACAGAGCUGGGAGGGGAGCCCAAAUUGUCCAAGCCUGUGCUUUUAGCUGCUCUUCCAUGACUUAUCUUAAGCAUCAAGCUUUGUGUUAGUAUUGUGUGAACUUAACACAAAAUACUUUUUCCCCCAACUGGUUGUGUGACCAUAACUAAGUUAAAUAACCUCUUGGACACUCGCUUGCUACAUGUUUAAUAUAAGAGGAUUAGACUAGGUGAUCAAAAUAUUGUAUUCAUUGAGUAAAUGUUCAUUGGGCAUCUACUGUGUACUGAUUGAGACACAGACCCUGUCCUCCUGGAGCUUGUUACAACUAUAGCAAAUCUGUUCCUAAUGCUAUCUGAUCAAUACUGUGGAGUCUCCAUAGUUGUGGAAAGUAUUAGAAAAUAACAACAAUGACAAAACAAUAUGCGAUAUGGCUAUCAUUUAGUGAAUGUUUGUUCGAAGCAUGGUGCCAUGCAAAGUACUUCACAAGCAUAACCUUACCUAAUUUUCCAACCCUAUGUGGUUGGGAUCCUGUUAUUCUCAUUUUGCCUAUGAUAAAACCAGGGCUCGAAAUUUCUAAUGUGCCCAUCAUUGCACAGCUCAGAAGUGGCAGUGCAAGAAUCCCAAUAUACAUGGGUCCGACACCAGAGCCCUAGCCACUGCACUAUUCUAAGCAAGACUUCAUGCUCCAGCUAUUUGUAAUUUUCAGGGGCUCCUAGUCCCACCUUGACUCUCAGUUAUUUCAGAAGAGGAUAACUAAUGAUAUUUUUUUAAGGAAUAGGAGAGGUUUUCCCACAUUCCUUAUGUCCUCUGUAGCAUAUUUUUUCUGGUGGAGUAUUUUGCAGAGGUUGAACCUUGGACUGCCCGCAUCAGAAUCACUUGGAGUAUUUGUAAAAAUCCAAGUUCCUGGAUCCAGGACAGGCCUACCAAAUUAGGCUUUCUGGAUAGGAGGUCUGGGAAUGUGCAUUUUCAACAAUCCCACUGGAGGAAUCUUUUCUUGCUAAAAAUUGAGGUUACUGUCCUGUUGGUAUAUAUGAGCCCUAACAGAAUCACUUGUCAUAUGCCUUAUACCCAUAUGACUUCUCCAGUUUAAAUUCUCUAAUGUUUUAAAUCUCUGUGGUUUGAAUUCUCUAAAAUUAAAGAUGAAGCUGUCAUCAAACUUCUGUAUUCACUGUGAUUGAAAGCUAGCUUCUUAGGAUGAGCUCUGUAUUGUUCUGGAAGAGCCCAGCACUGGCUGAAAGGUUUCUUACAUCCAUGAUGUAUAUCGGGCUUUCUCUGGGAUGAGAUCCCUGCUGUUAAUUCAGGUAUUUGCUUUCAGUGGUCGAUUUUUUUUCUAUGAGAUCUUUACAGUUGAAGUUCUGAAGUUCAAACAAGCCCAGUGGGGAGAGGGCCUUCACGCAGGAAUUUCAGCCUCAUGGUGAGGGUUUCCACCCACAGGUAAAGGUAUCCCCAGAUCAGGAGCCCCAUGAAGUCAUGGCCCAGAGCCCUCCACUGGAGGGCUGUGAGAGGAAGCCCAGUAUUCACAUCUGCCCACCUCCCCCCAGCCCCAGCCUGGCCUCCUGGCCUCUGCUGCACUGAGCUGGGCUGAAGUCUUCUGAUGGAGCAUUCAGGUGUGGGGUCAGACAGGCCAGGGAUGCUUACUGGCUGAGUAACUUCACUUCUCUGAGCCUCCAUUUCCUCCUUUGUAGGGCACUGGAGGAUUAAAUGAGAUAAUGUGCAUUAACUGCCCAGCACAGGGUAACUGCUCAGCUCCAGCGAAAGACUUGCAGGUUCAGUGCAAGCUGUGCUUUGCCCCAUGGUUCCCCUCCCUCUUCCCCCUGCUGCCUGCCAGAUCCAUUCAGGUCGCAGAAACCCCACCAGGACUGGCAGCCCCUCAUUCUCCAUCUGCUUCUCUCAGAUGCACUCAGUCCCUUUCUUCUCCUUUGGUCUGUUUGAACUUUGGUGAUCAAAUCUCAGUUAAAGGAAGAGCACUCAGAUGUCAAGGUCUCAUGUUAAGAAUCCCAUCAAAGACCAGGAAGGAAACAAAAAAGGUAUUACAAAGCUUGGGUGCGAGAGCUCAGGUUUUUAAAUGCAGAGCACUCAUGCAGAACCAAACUGUUCUUACUUUAGAAACAACUAUAACAAACCUUAAAUUAGAAGCAGUAGAGCAUUUAGAAGCCAGAAAGCUGCCACACCCAUAGGCAUUUACUGAUAGCAACAAGAAAUUGCUGGAACCUCACAGCAAAAAGAAAGAAAGAGAGACAGAAGGAAAGAAAGAAACAAAAGAAGGGAGAGAGGGAAAAAUAAAAGGAAAAAAGGAAAAGAGGGAGGGAGAAUGGAGAGAAAGAGAGAGGAAGGGAGGGAAGUGGGGAAGGAGGGAAGGAAGGAAGAACGGGAGGGAGGAACAGAUUUAAAAAUCCCAAAAAGUUUUGCAAUCAUUAGUCGUUCAUUGGGGGGCAGCAGUUUUUAAAGUGUAGCUAGGGAUGAGGGAGUUGCCUGGGCAGUCCCCAAGAUGUUUUCAGGGGGUUUGUAAGGUCCAGGCAACUUCUAUAUAGUAGUAAGACAUUAUAUACCUUUUCACUCCCAUUCUCUACAAGCUUACAGUGGAGUUUUCCAGGCACAACCUGUGGUAAAGGGGUAAGUUUGAAGGCUAGUGGGAUAAGUAUCUGUGUGUUCUUGUGUUUUAAAGAUUUUUCAGUUUUAAUGUUAAUACAAUAAAUAUUGAUAGAUACAACCUACAUAAAACAAAAGCAAUUUGGAGUCCUCAACAAUUUUUUUUAAGAAAGGGUUUUGCUCUGUUACCCAGGCUGAAGUGCAGUGGCACAGUCACGACUCACUGCAACCUCCUCCUUCCAGGAUCAAGCAAUCCUCCCAACCCCAGUCUCCUGAGUAGCUGGGACUACAGGCACAUGCCACCACUCCCAGCUAAUUUUUUGUAUACUUUUGUAGAUGGGAUUUCGCCAUGUUGUGCAGUCUGAUCUCAAAUUCCUGAGCUCAAGUUAUUUGCCCACCUUGGCCUCCCAAAAUGUUGAGAUUACAGGCGUGAGCCAACACGCCUGGCCCAAUAAUUUUUAAAAGUAUAAAAAGACCCUGAUACCAAAAAGUUUCAGAAUAACCGGUAUAGGGUUAAACAGCCCAGUGCACCCCUGAGCCAUAACAUCCUGUGGGAGAGCAGAGAGGUAUCAUGUGCUUUUGAAUGUGAGUCGUGGCUGCAGGGCCACAGGAGGGCUCCCAGGCCACCUGUGGCUGCCUUCUUGCAUCUGCCAUGGCCUCCCUCGUGAGUAAUUACCUGUGAGGGAAUACGCAUGUUUGUGUGUAUGAGACAGAGAGAGAAUGCUCUUUGGGACAGUUGGAACAAUCUCUUAUUCAUUUUUUCUAAGCCCCGCCCAGGGGCCAGGCUGACACAUAAGUAGUUCUCAGUAAAUGUUUUGGAAUUGAAUUAGCCAACAUUUAGUGUAUGUAUUAGUCUGUUCUCAUGCUGCUAAUAAAGACUAAUAAAUAAAUACCCGAGACUGGCUAAUUUAUAAAGGAAAGAGGCUUAAUUGACUCACAAUUCAUCAUGGCUGGGGAGGCCUCAGGAAACUGACGAUCAUGGCAGAAGGGGAAGCAGACACAUCGUUCACAUGGUGGCAACAAGGAGAGAUGCCAAGAAGAAAGGGGAAAAGCCCCUUAUGAAACCAUCAGGUCUCACUAUCACAAGAACAGCAGCACCUCCAUGAUUCAGUUACCUCCCACUGGGUCUCUCCCAUGAUAUGUGGGGAUUCUGGGAGCAACAAUUCAAGGUGAGAUUUGGGUGGGGACACAGUCAAGCCGUAUCAGUGUGUCUGUUGAGGGUGCUAGAGAGGUUUGUUAUUCCAUUUGAAAAGAUUUCCUUGAAAACAGCUAAAGUUUGGCUAAAAUGAUUUUAAAUAGUUACCUGCUUUAAAGAGGGAAACAUAUUCAUCCAGAACCUGUGUUUAUGUGAUACGGCAGGGCCCAGGCCCUGGAGGCAGCAGGACCUCCAGGCACCUUUCGCCUGGGCUCUGGAGGCAAGCAGUGACCCCCCAGAGCUGUGCCACUCUGAUCCCUAGGGAUCACACAGACUUGGAAUCAGUCUGGCUCUGCCUCUGAAGCUGUGCCACUAUCCCAUAGCUGCCACAGCCUCAGCGUCAUCUUCUGAAAAAAAAAAAUGCAUCCCAAUAGGACUGCUCAUAGAUGUGCCCUGGGUAUUGGAUGGAAACACGCACAGAAAGCCCCUCCCUUAGCGCCCAGCAGCUGAGAGUGCACAUGAGAUAGGAGCUGUCCACAUCAGCCUUCAGCUCAUUGUCAACGACUUUGGGGUGAUGAUGGAUUUUGCCACAGAGAGACUGCGGCAUCAUGUUUUCCUAACAAGGGUCACUAUCUAUACAUAAGAUUUAUAUUUAAAAGAAGGUCCUAGUGUGGUCAUCUGUUCAUUCCUGUCUUGUCAGACACGUGAAGAGCACCCACACUGAGCAGGCCCCAGACCAGAUGAUAAGGAAGCAGAGAGUCACAGUCCAGUCCACGCCUGCUAGAGCCUCACAGCCUGCCAAGGGAGGCAGGCACUCAGGGAUCAGCACAGAUCAGUGUAGUAAAUUCUUCAGUGACAGCAAGAAUAGCUGAUUUGUGGUGAGCAUUCACUCGGUGCUGGGCAAGGCCCUUUGCAUGCCUGGUGUCAUUAAUUCUCACAGCCACCCUAUGAGGCAGGUGCUGUUAUUAUCCACCCCCUUUACAGGAGGAAACUGAGGAACCCAUAGGUUAAGUGAUUGGCUAAUGAAUGAUAGAGCCUGAAUUUGAACCCAGGCGAUCUGGCUCCAGGGCCUGUUCUCUUCUGCAAGGUGCUGUAUCUCCUCCUACACCUCCAGGCCCUGCAGCUCCAGUGCUGGAGCAGCUGCUCCCAGAGCUCACCGGGCUGCUCAGCCUCCUGGACCACGAGUACCUCAGCGAUACCACCCUGGAAAAGAAGAUGGCCGUGGCCUCCAUCCUGCAGAGCCUGCAGCCCCUUCCAGCAAAGGAGGUCUCCUACCUGUAUGUGAACACAGCAGACCUCCACUCGGGGCCCAGCUUCGUGGAGUCCCUCUUUGAAGAAUUUGACUGUGACCUGAGUGACCUUCGGGACAUGCCAGAGGAUGAUGGGGAGCCCAGCAAAGGAGCCAGCCCUGAGCCAGCCAAGAGCCCAUGCCUGAGAAACGCGGCCGACCUGCCUCCACCGCUCCCCAACAAGCCUCCCCCUGAGGACUACUAUGAAGAGGCCCUUCCUCUGGGACCCGGCAAGUCACCUGAGUACAUCAGCUCCCACAAUGGCUGCAGCCCCUCGCACUCGAUUGUGGAUGGCUACUAUGAGGACGCAGACAGCAGCUACCCUGCAACCAGGGUGAACGGCGAGCUUAAGAGCUCCUAUAAUGACUCUGACGCAAUGAGCAGCUCCUAUGAGUCCUACGAUGAGGAGGAGGAGGAAGGGAAGAGCCCGCAGCCCCGACACCAGUGGCCCUCAGAGGAGGCCUCCAUGCACCUGGUGAGGGAAUGCAGGAUAUGUGCCUUCCUGCUGCGGAAAAAGCGGUUCGGGCAGUGGGCCAAGCAACUGACGGUCAUCAGGGAGGACCAGCUCCUGUGUUACAAAAGCUCCAAGGACCGGCAGCCGCAUCUGAGGUUGGCGCUGGAUACCUGCAGCGUCAUCUACGUGCCCAAGGACAGCCGGCACAAGAGGCACGAGCUGCGUUUCACCCAGGGGGCUACCGAGGUCUUGGUGCUGGCACUGCAGAGCCGAGAGCAGGCGGAGGAGUGGCUGAAGGUCAUCCGAGAAGUGAGCAAGCCAGGUGGGGGAGCCGAGGGAGUGGAGGUCCCCAGAUCCCCAGUCCUCCUGUGCAAGUUGGACCUGGACAAGAGGCUGUCCCAAGAGAAGCAGACCUCAGAUUCUGACAGUGUGGGCGUGGGUGACAGCUGUUCUACCCUUGGCCGCCGGGAGACCUGUGAUCACGGCAAAGGGAAGAAGAGCAGCCUGGCAGAACUGAAGGGCUCAAUGAGCAGGGCCGCGGGCCGCAAGAUCACCCGUAUCAUCGGCUUCUCUAAGAAGAAGACACUGGCCGAUGACCUGCAGAUGUCCUCCACCGAGGAGGAGGUUCCCUGCUGUGGCUACCUGAACGUGCUGGUGAACCAGGGCUGGAAGGAACGCUGGUGCCGCCUGAAGUGCAACACUCUGUAUUUCCACAAGGAUCACACGGACCUGCGAACCCACGUGAACGCCAUCGCCCUGCAAGGCUGUGAGGUGGCCCCGGGCUUUGGGCCCCGACACCCAUUUGCCUUCAGGAUCCUGCGCAACCGGCAGGAGGUGGCCAUCUUGGAGGCAAGCUGUUCAGAGGACAUGGGUCGCUGGCUCGGGCUGCUGCUGGUGGAGAUGGGCUCCAGAGUCACUCCGGAGGCACUGCACUAUGACUACGUGGAUGUGGAGACCUUAACCAGCAUCGUCAGUGCUGGGCGCAACUCAUUCCUAUAUGCAAGAUCCUGCCAGAAUCAGUGGCCUGAGCCCCAAGUCUAUGAUGAUGUUCCUUAUGAAAAGAUGCAGGAUGAGGAGCCCGAGCGCCCUACAGGGGCCCAGGUGAAGCGUCACGCCUCCUCCUGCAGUGAGAAGUCCCAUCGCGUGGACCCGCAGGUCAAAGUCAAACGCCAUGCCUCCAGUGCCAAUCAAUACAAGUAUGGCAAGAACCGAGCCGAGGAGGACGCCCGGAGGUACUUGGUAGAAAAAGAGAAGCUGGAGAAAGAGAAAGAGACGAUUCGGACAGUGUUGACAGCACUGAGACAGGAGAAGAGGGAACUGAAGGAAGCCAUUCGGAGCAACCCAGGAGCAAAAUUAAAGGCUCUGGAAGAAGCCGUGGCCACCCUGGAAGCUCAGUGUCGGGCAAAGGAGGAGCGCCGGAUUGACCUGGAGCUGAAGCUGGUGGCUGUGAAGGAGCGCUUGCAGCAGUCUCUGGCGGGAGGGCCAGCCCUGGGGCUCUCCAUGAGCAGCAAGCCCAAGAGUGGGGAAACUGCAAGUAAACCCCAGAACAGCGUUGCAGAGCAACCUCUCCCUGUCAACUGUGUUUCUGAGCUGAGGAAGAGGAGCCCAUCCAUCGUAGCCUCCAACCAAGGAAGGGUGCUACAGAAAGCCAAGGAAUGGGAAAUGAAGAAGACCUAGGAAGAGGAUGAGGAUUUCAUUCCAAAGGAAAUACCAGCUUGUCCACCUGAGGAAGAAAUGCUUUUUUCACAAGGAGACACCAAGAGAAGACUAGGAAGUAGCCCUCAUUCUCCAGGGCACCCAAAAUACCAGCCUUUAUUGUCUGCAUGAUUUUAGGGGAUAUGGGGAGGGAAGAAGUAGAAGGGAGGAGGGAAAUGGAGAGCAUCCUUAUGACUUUACAAAGGGUGGAAAUGAGGAUGGAGGGAUACAGAAGUCUGCACAGCUGUAAAGGUUUUAUAGAUGUCUUUGCCUUCCCUUCUGAGGAAGAGAAGAAGAAAUGAAAGCACAUGUGAAUAACCGCUUCCAUCCCAUUCACAGCAUCGCACUCCCAGUCCUUAAGGCAAAGGGAGGCAGUGCUGAAGCAUUGGUGGUGCAGUGUAAAGAGACAAGACCUGAUCAUUUGAUCACACUUGUGCCAACUUGAUUCAUAUUGGUCAUUACUGACAACCCCUGGGCAGGGCAAAUAGGUUGAACAAUCAAUAACAUUAUCCCUGCCCGCAUACAUGUGAACAAAAGCUAUAGAGGACAUGCAAAUUCUACAGUCAUUCCUCAUAUGCUUUAGACAGAGUGCAGCUACUGGAAUCUUCCAGAUUUCAGUGUUUUAAAAUCAGAGCUCUGAAUACACAAAAGGAAAGAGAAAUGGAGCAGCUGACAUAUUUUAAGCUCACAGUGAUACUCAGUGACAGGAGCACAGAGCUCUAAUGUCCACAGGAUGUUGUAGGGUAGGGUCUUUCAGUAAAUCAAGUCCCUUACCUAUGUUCUAUGACACUGAGGCUCUUGGAGCUAUGGGUUAGAAAUCCAGGAGGCAAUAUGUCUUUAUUCUAAUGAAGUCCUCAUCUUGCACUCAGAGGCCCACUAGUUUGCCCUUCUAUAUAUUAAGUAAAACCAAGAGAAAUUAAGAGGAUGAUGGCUUCUUUCUGUCACAUGGGUGCUAAACCUUUUACAAACACUUGAUACUUCUAUAGAGGGACCAAGGACCUCAAGUCCUGGGCAGUCUCCUUACUGUGCUACUCACUACUGUCUCAACACUGUAGUGAGUCUGUCUUUAACACAUUUCCUUCCAAUAAAGAUAAAACCACUUAACUCUUAA